AUGGUAGAAAAAGCAGUCGAAGUUAGACAAGUCAGCAAAAGGUAUGGUAAUAAAAUCGUUUUAAAUAAUGUUUCUUUUGUGGUUCGCAAAGGAACUAUUCAUGGCUUUAUUGGUCCCAAUGGAGCGGGUAAAACUACUACUUUACGCAUUUUAAUGCGGCUAGUGGUCAAGGAUGUGAGCGGGGAUAUUUAUAUUGAAGGAAAAUCAGUGAAAAAUGACCCUCAUUGUGCCCAAUUGGCUUUGGAAAACUGGAAUUCCCAAAAAGAAAGGGAAGUUUUAAGCAAAUUAAGAAAAUUUUUAUUCUCUUUACCUUCGCAACAAUUUAGUGAAGAACAAUCCUGUAAUUCCCUUUCUACCGGUCAGAAAAAGGCCUUACAAGUGUUCAUAUUAAGUAUUUGUCGACCAGUCAAAGAAAAAAUAUUAGUUUUGGAUGAAGUCUUUAACGGGUUAGACCCGAGCCUGCGGCGGGAUUUAUUUAAUAAUUUAAAAGGAAUUCGGGACAAGGGCGGCACGAUUUUGCUUUCCACCCACAUUCUUUCGGAUUUAGAUAAGUUGGCCGAUGACAUUACGAUGAUUAAAAAAGGAGAAAUAGUUUACACUGGUCAAAAAACCGCCGAUGUUGAACAGACUUAUGAAGAUUACUUUUUUGAAAAAG